CAACUUUAGUAUAUAAAGUAUCACUGCCGCUGAUUUAAAAUCACAAACCCACUAAAGAACCUUGAAUGAAGAAUCAUUGAUCCACUCACCAUAUUUCCAAAACUACAACCAUGAAAAUCGGUAGUAUACUUAUCGCGAUUUGUGCUGUGUUAACAGGGUCAAUUGCUGUUCAAAAACCCAAUGCAGUCAAAAUUGUAGAUGCGUUGGUAGACACCGAUGAAAUAAGUCCAAAAUGCCUAGAGAGCUUAAAGCUUUAUGCUUAUCGACUGAAUAGUAUAGGAAGUGAAGGAGAUUUGUGGGCGCUCAAAAUGUUGGACGCUACAUCCAAAAUGCCCGUAGGUUUAUUGUCAUAUAAUUUUGGAGAGAUGGGAAAUUUCAAGCAGUGUACCGAGAUAGUAUCCCAAAGAGACCGCGUCAAGGGUAAAUACUGUUUGGGGAAUGUUGUUAUAAACACCACUGCAAUUGAUUAUUCCGCAAUAACCAGGAAUUACGCAUAUGUAAAGCGCUUAAUUACUAAAAUAUCAGACGGAGUCCACAUGGUAGGUUAUCCGACAUGGGCGAUAUGUCUGCCCAGUAACUGUACAGAUGAGGAUGCAAAGUACGUAAUGGGCAAAUCUCAAACUCUUGGAACUGGAAUAGAUUCCGUAAUAUGUCAGACCAUUGAAGAUGUUAAUCCGCCUUUGGACAACGCUGCAAUUAUUGGAAUAUCAAUUUUGAGUGUUCUAGUCGUGAUCGUUAUUAUGUCCACUAUUUACGAUAUAUAUUGUCAAAAUAUACAUAAAGAUUAUCAACAAUCGGCUUCUACAGCAUUUUCCGUAUACACAAAUGGAAAAAAACUUUUUCAAGUUCCAAAACGUUUAUCUCCUCUCAGUUGCUUAGAUGGUAUUAGAGUGAUUAGUAUGAUUUGGAUCGUAAUGCUUCAUACUUAUUCUGUAUAUACAACAGGACCAGUUUUUAAUUCCAAAGAUGUUGUUAAUCUUACCAAUUCGCUCAUCAGCAUGGUUUUCCUAAAUGGAAGUUUAGCCUGUGAUACGUUCCUAAUUGUAGGAGGCACUUUAGUUACUUACGUGUUUUUCAAGAAAGAAAAGUCGAGUGAAAUAAACGUCUCCAGUGUAGCCAGACAUUAUUUUCACAGAUACAUGAGGUUAACUCCUGCAUUAGCAGGUGUAGUAUUAGUGUCAGCCACUCUUCUGAAAUACAUGGGAUCAGGACCUAAGUGGCCCAAUUUUGUUCAGUUUUUUCAAGGAUUUUGUACGCAAUAUUGGUGGACAUCUAUUUUGUAUAUUCAAAAUGAGGUCAAUUCUGAUCAAAUGUGCGCUGGACAUACAUGGUACCUGGACGUAGACAUGCAAUUAUAUAUUUUGUCACCAUUUAUAUUCUGGAUGCUUAAAAAAUAUACAAAAACUGGUUUAGCCUUCUUAGUCUUUGGUACUCUAUCUUCCAUAUCUAUUGGUUUCUUUAGGGCCUUUGAGGAUGAAUUAUCUGGACUGCAAACAAACUAUUAUUCGAAAACUCCAUUCAACGUCUACAUGAAUGACUAUUAUCUAAAGACUGAAACAAGGGCUGCACCAUGGUUCAUUGGGACCAUCUUGGGGUACAUGUUAACUAGGAAAACAUUUAGAGACAGUCGUAUCUCAAAGCACAUCGUAAUACCUAUGUGGUUUUUAAGUUUGACUGUGAUGCUUCUUUGCGUACUUGGAGGCCAUAGUACUUUAAGAGGUCCAGAAUAUCAUAGAUUAGAAAAUGCUUUUUAUAUUGCAUUAGUCCGACCGUCUUUUGCGUUAGCAGUAGGAUGGAUAAUAUGGGCAUGCGCUACUAACCAUGGAGGAUUUAUAAAUACAGCAUUAUCACAUGGAGUAUUCCAGUUUUUAAAUAAGUUUAUCUAUAGCAUGUAUUUGUUGCACGUUACCUGUCUGUAUAUGAUAAUGUUUUCACAGAAGAGGCCACUUUAUAUGACAAUCUUUAAUUUGGCUUACUGGUUUUGGGGAAUAUUUAUGUUAAUGUUUGGACUAUCCAUCAUAUGGGUACUCGUUUUUGAAAGUCCUAUGAUUGUUUUAGAAAGAAUAAUAAUUUCCAAACUGAAGAAAAUGGGUUCUAAAUCCAGCAAGUUGAAUAACCAAGCUGUAUCCGAUAAAACGAAAAAAGGACUACCACUAUAUAGAGAAAAUUGUUGUAUGGAGGACUUCAGAAUUGUAAAUAUACCAAAAAUGUAUUCGGAAACAAAGCCUGUAACAUGUCAAGAAGAAGUUCGGUUAUACCAAGGACAAAGUUGAUGUACAAUAUUUUAUAGUUCCAAUAGCACAGAAAAAACACAUAUGUAGUUUAUAAAAUCCUAGUUCAAAGAGAAGCUAAGAACAUCUUUUUACAGAAUACUUAAAUGAUGUUUCACAAUUUCCUUUAUGAGCACAUAUUUUAGUUUAUAGUUUAUUUACUAACGAAUGUAAUAAAAUAAUAAUUAUAAAUAUGUUAUUGUUUAAGUAGUUGUUAAUAUUUAUGUAUAUGUCUAACUUGUUAAGUUAACGUGAUAUUCUGUCAGUAUUAAAGUUUAAAUAGAUAUUUGUUCACCAA